UGUUCACUUGAUAAGAGCAAAGAUGCCAUCUAGUGCCUGCAGGCAUCCAAGGUACCCUUGCCGAGGUCUUGAUGUUGAACAUAUCGCUACACACCUUGCAAUCAGUUCGCUAUACGGUAGUUACCACGUUCUCUCUAGCCAAGGGAUGCCGAAUCAAUAAAGCAUCAGCUGCACACCCCGAAACACAUAGUCAAACCAUCAAAUCAUCUACUUGGUAGACGGUGUAAGCAACCGUCUUAUUUCACAAUGGAUCCAGCACAACUCUCACGGCUGGGCCGAGACAUGAGAUUUCUACCUGUACCCGUCGCGACCGAUAAUCUCGAAGAGACAUUGAAGAAGUUACAAGACCUCACCGAAGUGGCCACGCAGGGCAACAGUCUAGCACUCUUCACCGGGCUGGAGCUUGUCGCGCUACCCACGCGAGAUCCGGAGAAGCUGGCCAAGGAACAGAUGUCGCCUAAGGAGGUCCUCCUCUAUGAGGCAUGGAAGGCAAGGAAGCCAAAUCCUAACGUCGAAGAAAGCCUGCUCCUGAGCUUUGACUGGACCGCGAAUGUGGCUCCGGUCCCUCAAGGCGCGCAUAGUCUGAAGAAGCUCACCAAGCGGGCGGCGGCCAUGGAUGUGAUCUUCGAUCAUCAUGACGCUACGCCGGAGAACGCUGCAUGGCUGACCUCGCGUAUGCCGCAAACACUGCCUCUGGUGAAGGCGGUCGCCAAGGUCUCCAAUUGCAAGCAAAGCCUCGAGCAGCAGAGGCAGGCGCACUUUCGCGGGCUGACCGACAUGGAGGCCGCGGAGGUUGAGACCAUCCGCAAGAUUGUGGCCGUGGCAGAGGUCAACACAAACCGCGAGCUGGAAAGGAUGCGCCGAUUGGCUCGGUCGAUCAGAGAGUCUGCGUCGAUCAUCAAGUCCCGCGCAGAGGCUCUGCAGGAAUCUCGAGACCCUGUCUCAGCUUUACAUGGGGAGGACUGAAUGGGGUCCGUUUCCAGAGAUCAUGAUGAAUCAUGAAAUUGGAGGAGGGUAGCAGACGCGGGUGGUCGGGAGCCUGGAGAGUCUUGAUAAGGGCUUGAUAAGGCGAAAGGGGAAGACAUCGAUAGAGGAGAGUGGAUGGACACGUCAAAUCGAGGCUUGUACUCCGGAAGUACUCCGUAGCUAUUAUCAAAUGAAUGGCAAAACUCGGUGCAAUCCAUGAUACAUAUUGUGCAGUACCUACAGCACGAUACACAUCCAAUGCCCUCGAAUCAAUGUUUUGAGCCAAUGACGCAAGGUUCAAAACCACUUAUACAGAGCCAACCAACCCCCAAG